AUGAAUUUGAUAUCACCUCCACCACCACCACCACCAAUGAACGGAGUUCCACCACCUCCACCACCUCCACCACCACCAAUGGGUAAAUCAGCUGCCCCUCCACCACCACCAUCAGCCGACGACGACGAUGAUAAUGAAGAAUCAAGCGAAGGAGGUGUUUGUUAUAAAGAUGACCCAAGAUAUAAACCAUUUUUCGAUUUACACAGAAAACAAGUUCCAAUUAUGGCCUUUCAAGGUAAAAUGUUGGCACAAGGUUUAGAUCCAAAUGCAAUAAAUACACCAGAUGCAAUUGUUAAAGACGGUGUCAAACCAAAACCAAUAGAAAUUUCACAAUCUACAGAUAAUUUAGCUGCAAUUGCAUCAUCUGCCCCACCACCACCACCACCACCAUCAGAUUUAUCAUUAUCAUCAUCAUCAUCAAUUCCACCACCACCAGCAAUAUUCGAAGAAUCACCAAAAUUAAUCAUUCCACCACCACCAAUGAUGAAUAAAAAUAAUAACAGUGAUGAUGAUGACGACGACGAUGAUGAUGACGAAGAAGUAAACAAUGCACCAAAAUUAAUCAUUCCACCAGUUAUGAAUAACAAUAGUGAUGAUGACGAUGACGAUGAUGACGAAGAUAAUAUAGGAAAUAAUAAUAAUAACAAUAAUAAUAAUAUACUUUCAGGAUCUUUAGAUAUUCCCGCACCACCAGAAGAUUUAUUUAUACCAGCACCACCAACCAUUUCUAUUCCAUUACCACCAUCUACUAGAAAUUACGACGACGAUGACGACGACGAUGAUGACGAUGAUGAAUCAUGGAAUUAA